UGCCGGAUCCAGCCUCUAACAAAACUUCCCCAUGAAAUUGGCUCCUGAGACGGCAAAACACAAUCACCUCCCCAUGGCAACAAUCUCUGAAUCACCAGAAGAUAAGUCAAAUCCAAAUUCACCGCCGUCAACGCCGCUGCCGCCGCCGAGCGAUUUCCCUUCUAAAAGUGAAUCGAAAGUGCUACAACAAGCAAUUCCAUGGAUCGAUUACGCAGUGGAGCAAGCUCUUGUGUAUCAAAAGAUCAUUGUACAGAACAUUAACGCCACAAUCGAAGCUUCUAGAUCUCGACUCUCAGAAAUUCGCUCCACUUCCGCUGCACAUUUCAAUCAAACCAUUGAUUCACUUGAGGAUGUCAAGUCCCAGCUUGCUGUUUACGAGAACAUGGCGUUUGGCAAAGUUAAAGAGGGGAUUAAAAUUACAGCUUCGCAUCCAAUGAUCACGGGUGGUGUUGCUGUUGGCUUGGGAGUUCUGGUACUGAAAAGGCCAAGGCGUUUUCUAUAUUACAAUACUUUGCGUCUUUUUGUGAGUGAAGAGUCCUGGCUUUCCAAAGCUGACAUUAGAGUAAAGGAGCUGAGACAGUCAAUUGACCGCCUUAAGGCUGAAAGUGUGAAGCUGGAGCGGAGUGCAUCAGUAGCCGAAGAAGAGCUGAUCCGUGGCAGGAAGAAACUCAGGCACGCAGGCAAGCAGAUUCAAAGUGUGAUUCACUCAGCUUAUAAGAUUGAAAGACAAGCAGCAGGCUUGAAGGAUAUCCUUGGAGAACUUCCAAGGAGAGAAGCAUCUCGAUUUAGAUCACAGGUUUCCAACCUUGCUUCCGAGGCAAAGCGAGAGCGGAAUGCUUUGGCAAAGGAGGUUUCAAAAAUCAGUAAUUAUGGAAUUGCAGUUUGAGGAUUCUCUUGUCUACACUCUAUUGUUGCAUGUGCUUGAAUUCACAGGUCACGGUUUUCAUCACUAACACAUAAGAUGUUGUGGGAGAUCACUUUGUCAUUACAUUCGAAUUUUACUUUCGAGCCUGAUGGAUGCAAAUGUGAUGUUUGCACGUCAGGGAACAUGUAUAAGUAAAAAAGAUUAAAAAAAUCCUACAUGAAUUUCAGUUUUACAAUUUUAA